AUGGUUUCAGAAGAUGAGCACAGGAGUGUUAAAGAUGAUUCUAGUGGUGGUAUGACUAUGAAGCAUAUCGAUGUUCCUUGUGGUGGUAAUGAUAGUUUUGAUUUGGAUGAGGGGAUUAGAUAUCAUAUUGAUCGUCAGGAGGACAGGUAUGCAAUUCUGAUGCAGCAAGCAGUUAUUAGACAGAUAGCUAAUACUCUUUCUAUUGCAAGAGUAUCAGCUAUCAUCUGGCUACGACACUACAACUGGGAUGUUAAUAACGCGCAGGAUGCUUGGUUUGCCGACGAAAAAACAGUUCGCAAGGAUGUCGGGAUCUGCUUAGAUGAGUUCCCUCGAGAUUUUCUCUGUGCUGCUACUAAUUGCGGACAUCUCUUUUGUAAUUUGUGCUGGACACAAUAUGUUAAGGCUAGCAUAAAGAUUAGUGACGGACCUUGGAAUUUGAAGUUGGGAUGUCCUGAUCCAUCUUGUGUUGUUGGUGAAGACAUGGUUAAUGAUUUGGUUUCUGAUGAAGACAGGAAGAAGUAUUCUCGUUACCUUUAUAGUUGUCAUAACGACGAACAAAAGAAAAGGACCAAACAGUGUCCUAGUCCAGGCUGUGAGUUUGUUGUUGAUUUCGUCCCCGGUAGUUCAAGUUACGAUGUUGUUUGCCGUUGCGGACAUAGCUUUUGCUGGAACUGUGUUGAAGAUGCACAUCCUCCAGUGGACUGCGAUACCAUGCACAAGUGGGCAGUGAAGAAUAGUGAUGUGUUUAACUUCUGCUGGCUCUGCCUUGGUGAUUGGAUGACUCAUACGAGUAGUACAGGUGGUUAUUCUGUUUGUAAUUUCUAUGAGAAAGCCAAAGCAAGGGGCCAAUAUGAGGAGGAAGAAAAUAUACAAAAAAAGGCUAAAGAUUACUUGGAUAGAUAUUCUUUUUACUACAAAAGAUUCGCAGAACACCAUAAGAAAAGGGUAAAGGCAGUUGAAUGCUUGCGGAAAAUGCGGUCGGUUUUAAAAGAGCUUAGAGACAUAUAUGGCUUGAGCGAUUCGGAGCUUGAGUUUAUUACAGAUGCUUGGCAGCAGAUUAUCGAAUGCAGGCGUGUUCUGAAGUGGACAUAUGCUUAA